GUUUAGUCUUUGUUAAUUUAUCGAAUCAGUUCUUAACAUCGAAAUGGCAAUAGCCCUUCAUAAUGUAACAGUAUUAGGAAAAACGGUUCAUUUCAAAGAAAAGAAAUCUUUCGUUUUGGGGAGGAAAACUAGGGUUUUAUGCGGUGUUGCCAUGCGAAAUAGGAAUAACAACAAUUUUUAUGAGUUGCUUUCUCUUGAUCCUUCCCGGAAAAAGAUAGGGUUUGAUGAAAUCAAGAGAGCUUAUAGGAGUCAAGCUCUUAAGUUCCAUCCAGACACUUGUUCUUCUUCAACAAAAGAUGAGUCAACGAGGCAUUUUCUCGAGAUUAAAAAGGCAUACGAGACGCUUUCUGAUCCGAUUUUGAGAGAGAUCUACGACGAGGACCUCAGGUUUGGUUGUGAUGGAGAGGGAAAAAGAAGGAAUGGUAUGAUGAUGGUGAAAAGAGGGAGUAAAGAGUUUUCGAGGGAAGUUUUGCAAAGGCAGCUCAGUGGACUGAAGAAGCGAUCAAUGGAAAGAGUGGGGAAGAAAAUUCAUUAAUUAAAUAAUCCUAGUGGAAGCAUAAUACUAUUAUAAAAAUGCUUUUUAAUUUUUUUUUUCCCCAUUUCAUUCCAAAUGUUAGGC